CAGCCAAGGGCGCAGCGGAGGGCGCGGCUUGGCUCGGCUCGGCUCGGCUCGCUGGGCCUGCGUCCGGGGCUGUGAGAACCGCGAGGACCAGGAGGAGGCUGCGGGCCCUUGGGGGUCUGGAGGUGCCCUCCCUUCGCGGGCCUGAUGACUGAACUACAGCAAGAUGUGGACGACACCAAACCUGCCAAAGCGCUGGGGAAGAGAGAGAGCAGAGUUGGCUCAGCCCACUCAGAAGCUGAGAAUGGCGUGGAGGAGAAAAAGAAGGUCUGCAAGUCGCCACCACCGCAGUCCCCCACCCUGUCCAGCGAGGCCGAGUCCCCAGACCCAAAGAGGAUCAUCUGCCUACGGUCAAAAUCCAGUUGUGAUGGUGCCUGUUCUGCAAAUGAUAAAAGCGACUGUAAAACAGAAAGCAAAAAUGAUUCUAAGACUGAAAGGAAAAAAUCUUCAUCUUCCAGCCAGUACAAGGCAAACAUGCAGUUUCACAAGCUGUUUGUUGAGGUCCCAAGUGAUGAACCACUGAGGCAAAGUUUUACCUGUGCUCUACAGAAAGAAAUAAUAUAUCAAGGGAAGCUCUUUGUGUCAGAAAACUGGAUCUGUUUUUAUUCCAAGGUCUUUGGGAAAGAUAUUAAGAUCUCUAUUCCGGUGUUCUCAGUCACCCUAAUAAAGAAAACCAAAACAGCCCUGUUGGUGCCAAAUGCCCUGAUUAUAACAACAGUCUCAGAGAGGUACAUAUUUGUGUCCUUACUCUCCAGAGAUUCAACUUACAAACUAAUAAAAUCUGUGUGCGGACACUUAGACGACACAAGUGUGGCCAAUAGUCCCAACCCAUCUUCCCUUGAGAACAGUUUCCGGGCAGACCGCCCUUCAUCUCUGCCUCUGGAUUUCAAUGAUGAAUUCUCAGAUCUAGACGGAGUGGUUAAAAGAAGAAGGCAAGAUAUGGAAGGAUACAGCAGUUCUGGUUCUCAGACUCCCGAAUCCGAGAACUCUAGAGAUUCCCAUGUAACAGAUUCCCAGACAGUUCUGAAUGUCUCCAAGGGAGAAGCCAAGCCACCACGGACAGACUCCCAUGUGAACAGGGUGGCUGAAGGUAAAAACAAGAGUCUCCCUGCACAUGGUCAAUUAGAAACCAGUGAAAUCUUACACAAAGUCAAGUCUCAGAAAUGUCCAACUCUGCAACAUAUUCUCAUUUUCUAUGCAGUUGUUGUCUGUGCACUAAUCAUCUCGACCUUCUACAUGAGAUACAGAAUUAAUGCUCUGGAGGACCAGCUGGGGUCACUGACCUCCAUUGUGGACACCCAUCAUGCCGAACAGACGGCACCAUCCGGCCUGGGGUCACAAGUACAAUUAAAUGCGGAGGUUCUCUGCCAGGAGCUCACCGCCAACAUAAUGAAAUUAGAGAAGAUACAAAACAACUUACAAAAGCUGCUUGAAAAUGGUGACUGACCAACCAGAUUGCUACCUCGCACUUCCCUUUGAAGACUGUGCUCCCCAAGAACGCCCCCCCCCCAGCGGAGUGCUCCCUGCUGGCCAGAGGAGCAAAUGGACCCACAUCCCCAGCCACAUUUGCACUUGGAGGUCACCUUGCUCAGGAAGAUGGGGCAAAGGAGAGUAAUUUUGGUUCCUGUGCAAUAAAAGUUGACCUUGACUCUGAGGAAGUUUUCACUGCUGCUGCCUGAAGAAAACAGAGCCUUCUCUAGAGGUCUCAGGAAAGCCCAGAGGACACUUGGAUGGCUGUAGUCCAGCAACAAUGGUGCCGUCGGCAAACACUCCACUCCAUGCCUUUCCAAUCAUUGCCACCCUCCUCUUCUCUCCUUGACACCCUCUUAACAAACCUUCAGUUACGGAUCUAUAGUGUGCCAACAACCUUGAUACCGUCCUGGAGAGAAUUAGCCAUGAUUCCAAAAGGCAAUGAUGGCUCUAAUGGUGUUAUCUGAAGCAAGUCUGUCCAACAGUUUGUCUUUUUUCCUUUCCACUGUUAACUUCUAUUUUAAAUCACAUGGCUGUCUUAAUUUCUCAUUCGAGUGCAUUAUUAAGAAUAGCUGGCAAUGCAGACUAAAUUAUGCCAUCUAUGUUUUGUCAUAUUCCGCUAGCUAAUACUUAAUUGGACUGAUCUCACCUACCCCAGGCCAAGAAUCUGUAUGACGUGGUCAGAAGUACUAAAUUUAAAUUAUUCUAAAACCAAAACUAAUCUUUAAACCAAAAAAUACAUAGCAGUUAUUUGACAGAGAAUGAAGACAUGAACUUUUAAGAUUGUAAGUUCUAGGACCUAAGACAUUUGAAAGCAGUAUGUCUCUAUUGAAUGCUGAAACCCACUUCAGCAUUUAAAUAGCAAGUUUUCUCUAUUGCUGACUAAAAGAGAUGGUGGUUUGCUAACUUCUAUUUAUCAUAUGGGUUGGCUGGUUUUUAUUAAUUAUUUAGGUACCAUAAAUCUAUAAUUGUGAAAGAUAUGCUCUUUCUAUCUGCAAUGCAUUUUAUAAUCAUUUCUAUGAAAUGUAUUUUGUUUAAUCAGAUAUGCUAAUAAGUGAAUUGGUUAUAUCAUUUGUAUUUGUUAGCCUCCUGGACAAGAACUGUGCCUGGUGCACCUCUGGCUUUUAAUAAAUACUCAUUGGUUAAA